ACCUCUCUACCCGCGAGCCCCAACAAGAACAACAUUCCUUUCCGGGCGCGUGGCAUAAACGCGCGAUUUCUUCUACAAGCCGAACCAGGUCCAGUACUGAUGUUUCAAUCACGAACCCUAGAGCAUCUUCUUGUCUAUUGAAAUCAACCAUCAUUUUCUCACUGUUUCUGAGUUCGACUCCAUGGAAUUGAAUCCGAAGAAGCGAUCGCAGUUCGCCCUGGCAGCAUUGGUUUCUUCUUGAAGAAUUCUGAUUAAUGAACAGAGGUUAAAUUAUGCGUCGUUGUAUUUGAAGCUACCACUGUAUAUUUUAUUUAUGCAGGAUUGAACUGUGCUAAGAGAAUCACUCCUUUAAUUGUCGCGAAGAUUAUUGCUGAAAUCGGUGUCAUUUUAGAAUCUGCGAUUUUCGAGUGAGUUCAUUCAACAAUUGGAAAUUGCGGUUUUAUUAUUGUUGUUAUUUUCAAUUUCAAUGGCGGACUAUGAGGAAGAAGGAAAAGGUUCGAUUAGACUAAAUUCCGAGGAGGAGGAAGCAGAGCGAGAACCAUCCAUUUUCGAAAAUGACGACGAAGAAGAUGAGGAUGAUGGAGAUGAGGAGGAUGAAGGUGAGGAAGAUGAGACUGAAAAUGAUGAAGAACCACUCCGGAGGAAGCCUCUUUCCGAUGCUUCCAGAUUGAUUGGUCAGAGGUCCAAAUUAGAGAAUCUGGCUGAGCGAAUGAGGAAGGAGAAGAUCAGACUUCGGGUUCAUGAUAUUUUGAUCAAGGGAAACACGAAGACCAAGGAAUCUAUAAUCGAAGCCGAAGUGGAGGCUAUUAAGAAUGCAUCAACCAUGCAAGAACUACUGGAGGCCGCUGCCGUAGCCAAUGCCAAGCUCCAGAGGCUUGAGAUCUUCGACUCUGUCAAGAUUACACUUGAUUCAGGUCCGCCAGAGCUCCCUGGUACCGCAAAUGUCGUUAUCGAGGUUGUGGAGACGAGCAACCCCCUCUCCGGCGAAUGCGGUGCUUACACAAAACCUGCGGCUCGUUCGUGGACGUUUGAAGGUUCUGUUAAGUACAAAAAUUGGCUUGGAUAUGGGGAUUUAUGGGAUGGCUCUUUGGCAUACGGUCCUAAUCAAACAUCUGAGGUGAGUACCGGUGUUUAUUUCCCGAGGCUGAAGCGAUCAGUGACUCCUUUGGUGGCACGGCUAUCCCUACUUUCCCAAGAUUGGUUAGAGUUUUCAUCUUACAAAGAACGGUCUUUAGGUCUUUCCCUUGGCCUAUAUUCAACAAAGUAUCAUGAUUUGGCAUACAGCCUUGGAUGGCGCACCAUAAUCGACCCUUCACAGAUGGCGUCUAAUUCGAUAAGGAGACAACUUGGAAAUAGUUUACUUUCUUCUCUAAAAUAUACUUUGAAGGUUGAUAAGAGGAAUUCUGCAGGGAGGCCAACUAGAGGAUAUGCUUUUGUUUCUACUAGUCAAAUUGGUGGCCUCGCACCUGAUCACCGGAGCUUGCGCUUUGUGCGACAGGAAUUUGAUCUACGUUAUGCCAUUCCUCUCGGCUUUGAUCGUGCUGCCAUGAACUUUGGAGUUUCUGCUGGUGUUGUCUUGCCUUGGGGAAAUGGAUUCAUGAACAAGCCAUCGCCCCUUCCCGAACGCUUUUUCUUAGGUGGUGAUUUCUCUCCAGUAUGCACCGUCGGAGGCCCAACAACUGUAUGGGGUUUUAAGACACGUAGGAUGGGGCCAACUGAGCCGAGGCGGGAAGUGAGGGGCGAAAAUAAUCAGGGUGAAAACAGUGAUUCUCCUGGAAGGGAUUUUGUCGGAGGGGAUCUUGCUGUGACCGCGUUUGCUGAUCUUUCGUUCGACUUCCCAAUUCGCUGGUUAAGAGAACAUGGAAUCCACGGACACAUCUUUGCUGGUGCAGGAAAUCUUGCAAAGUUGACUGAGAAUGAGUUUCGCAGUUUCUCUUUUCAGAAGUUCUUGGAAACUUUCCGUACCUCAGUAGGAGCUGGGAUUGUGCUUCCAACAAGACUCUUCCGCCUAGAGGGUAACUUCUACUACAUAUUGAAGCAGCAAGAGCAUGAUCGUGGAAAAACUGGCUUUCGGUUUAGCAUAUCUGCCCCAUCAUAAACCUUGAAUUUUGGCGAGGUUUGAUAGAUAUUCAGGUUUGAUUGAAUUUGUUUCUUUUGCUCAAUGACAGUGUCCUUGCUGAGUUAUCAGUUUGGACUGGAU